AUGGCCGCUAAAUCUACGGUUAAAUCUGCUAUCAAGGCUUCUAAGAAGAAAAAUGGGUCCUCAGUUUCUGACAAUCUUACCACGAGUAAGGAGUUCGUACUGACCAUAGAAGAUGAUGAUGAGAAUGUUCCAGACAUGGACACGGAUGAAGAGUCUGAAGAUGACGAAGAUGGAAAUAAAGCAUUACUUCGUGGCCAAGAUGUAGAGAGCAAAGCUAGCUUGAAAGGUGCUACUAAGAAAGGUAAAAAGAUAAAACCACAGCAAGAAUCCGUCGAAGAAGAGCAAGAUAUUGAUCCAGAAUUUAAGUUCUCUCUUGAUGGACUCGUGACAUCUUCUGCAUUUGAAGGAUGGGACUUGGGUACUAUUGAGGCAUCUGGAGAUGUUGUAAAGCGUGAGGUUGAUUUGGAUGAGAUAAUUAAACGAAAAGGAGGCCUUGAUGAGGAUGAAACGUUAGACUCACAGGAAGAGGAUGAUGAGCUUGCCUUGGAUGGGUUUGGCAUGGGAGCUAAACCUGAGGUUGACGGGGAUGAAAAUAGUGAUAAUGAAAGUGUCAAAGGUGGUGAAGAUGGAAGUGAAAAUGAUGACGAUGAGGACGAUGAUGAUGUCGAGGAGUUGAAGUUUGAGGGAAAUUUGGGUCAAGAUGAAGAAGAAAAGGACACAGCCGAAGAAAUUGCAAAGUUUUAUGCUCCAUCUGAAGAAGCUGACAAGGCUAAAGGAACCGUGCACCAAUCUUUUCAGACACUUUCUCUGUCAAGACCCGUACACCGUGGCCUUUCUUCUCUUGGAUAUUCAAAGCCUUCUCCGAUUCAGGGCGCUGUUAUUCCCAUAGCUCUUCUUGGUAAGGAUGUUAUUGCGGGUGCUGUCACCGGUUCCGGUAAAACUGCUGCUUAUCUUAUUCCCAUUCUUGAAAGAUUGGUAUAUAGACCUAAGGUCGCUACAACUCGUGUUGUGGUUUUGACACCAACUCGUGAGUUGGCUAUUCAGGUCUGUGAUGUUGGCAGAAAAUUAGGCCAGUUUAUUUCGGGUCUUAGAUUUGGGAUGGCUGUUGGUGGUUUGAAUCUUCGUGUUCAAGAGCAAGAGCUUAAAACAAGACCUGAUAUUGUUGUAGCAACUCCUGGUCGGUUUAUUGAUCACGUAAGAAACUCACCAAGCUUCCAGGUUGAUGGUGUCGAGAUUUUAGUAGUUGAUGAGGCCGAUAGAAUGCUGGAAGAAGGCUUCCAAAAAGAGCUCACUGAAAUUCUUUCUCUUAUUCCUAGUAAACGACAAACAUUACUGUUUUCAGCAACAAUGAACAAUAGCAUCAAAGACCUCAUUCAAUUGUCUCUACAUAAGCCCGUUCGUAUCAUGAUUGAUCCUCCAAAACAAGCUGCUGGUGGAUUAGUUCAGGAAUUUGUGCGUAUUCGUAAGCGGGAGAACUUGAAACCAUCUGUCUUAGUUUCCUUGCUUAAGAAAAUUGGUCCCAACCAGCGGGUUAUUGUUUUUGUUUCCCGAAAAGAAACGGCCCAUAAGCUUAGAAUUAUUGUCCGCCUCCUAGGUAUUAAGAUCGGAGAAUUGCAUGGCUCUCUUUCACAAGAACAACGUUUGAAGUCGGUAAUGGCAUUCAGAAACUUAGAAGUCCCUGUACUCGUGUGUACAGACCUUGCUUCGCGUGGUUUGGAUAUCCCUAAAAUUGAGGUCGUAAUAAACUAUGAUAUGCCGAAGACACAUGAGGUUUACUUGCAUAGAGUAGGUCGUACUGCUCGUGCUGGACGAGAAGGUAAAAGUAUUUCUUUUGUUGGAGAAGCAGCUAUUGAGCGUAAUAUUGUCAAGGAGGCGAUCAAGAGCGCAUCAUCUUCUGGCACAUCGAACAAAAGCGCUAUUAUGGGUAGAAACGUUGACUGGAAUGAAAUAGAAAAGAUCAAUGCCAACAUUGAGUCGAAGCAGACAGUCAUUGAUGAGAUUCUUGAAGAAGAAAAAUCAGAAAAGCUACUAGCUCAAGCUGAAAGAGACAUUAAGAAAGGUGAGAAUUUAAUUAAGUAUGAGAAUGAAAUUCAUUCUCGUCCUAAGCGAACAUGGUUCGAAAGUGAAAAAGAUAAAAAAUCUGAAGCUCAAUUGAAGAAAGAGUCGCUUGCGAAAAAGAGAAAGGUUGACAAUGAUGAAGGAGAGAAGAGAAGCUAUAAGAAAACUCAGAAGGAUCGGUCUGAUGACCAAAAAAGGACUUUCAAUAAAAAAGGGGCACCCAAGGGUGGAAAGGGUCCAAAAAAGAAUGACAAGAAAUUGGCAGAAAAGAUUAAGAGAGCCAAGAAAUACAGAAAGUAA